AUGUACCGAGGUUUUAUUAAAGUGUUCCGCAUAUUUCACGUCAUUUUUGAACUUCGACUGCGUCAGACUGGUGUCAAACGGUGUUCUACAGAACUGAGACAGUGUGUAGUGUGCUCGCUCGUGAUUCGUUUUCUGGAAGUUUACACAGUGCAAGUAGCGUAUCGUAAUUAUCUUUGUUAAAAUCUACACUUGGAAUUGUUAAAUUAAGAUUAAAAAAUGGUUAAGGAAACAACAUUUUAUGACAUCUUGGGAGUGAAACCCAGUUGUACAACAGAUGAGCUUAAGAAGGCAUAUAGAAAAUUAGCACUCAAAUACCAUCCUGACAAGAAUCCCAAUGAAGGGGAGAGGUUCAAGCAGAUCUCCCAGGCUUAUGAGGUGCUCUCUAACCCAGACAAGAGGAGAAUAUAUGACCAAGGUGGCGAGCAAGCGCUUAAAGAGGGUGGUGGCGGCGGCGGCGGUUUCUCCUCGCCCAUGGACCUGUUCGACAUGUUCUUCGGCGGGGGCUUCAGCGGCGGCCGCGGCCGCGGCCGCGGGCGCGAGCGCAAGGGCAAGGACGUCAUCCACCAGCUCUCCGUCACGCUGGAGGAGCUCUCGGGUGCGGUUAGGAAGCUGGCGCUGCAGAAGAAUGUUAUCUGCGAGAAGUGCGAGGGCCGUGGUGGAAAGAAGGGUGCGGUCCAAACUUGCCCCACAUGCCGAGGCUCUGGCAUGCAGGUGCAAAUCCAGCAGUUGGCCCCGGGCAUGAUCCAGCAGAUCCAGACGGUGUGCAGCGAGUGCCGCGGCCAGCGCGAGAUCAUUGAUCCCAAGGACCGCUGCAAGAUGUGCCAGGGCCGCAAGACCGUGCGGGACCGCAAGAUCCUCGAAGUGCACGUGGACAAGGGCAUGACAGACGGACAGAAGAUCGUGUUCAGCGGGGAAGGCGACCAGGAACCGGAGCUGGAGCCCGGCGACCUUAUUAUCGUUUUAGAUGAAAAGGAACAUGAAGUGUUCAAACGCUCCGGCAACGAUCUCAUCAUCCGCCUCAACAUCGAGCUGGUGGAGGCGCUGUGCGGCUUCCAGAAGGUCAUCCGGACCCUGGACGACAGAGACAUCGUGAUCACCGUCAUGCCCGGGGAGGUCACCAAGCAUGGCGAGGUCAAAUGCGUGCUGAACGAAGGCAUGCCAAUGUACAAAAACCCGUUCGACAAGGGUCAGCUGAUCAUCCAGUUCCUAGUAAACUUCCCCAACAACAUUCCCCCCGAAGUCAUUCCCGCGCUAGAGAACUGCCUGCCACCCAGACCAGUCGUGGACAUCCCCGAGCUGGCGGAGGAGUGCCACCUGGUGGAGCUGGACCCCGAGCAGGAGUCGCGGCGCCGGCGCGCGCACGCCGGGCCCGCCUACGACGAGGACGACGACCACCCCGGCAUGAACCGCGUGCAGUGCGCCACCAGCUAGGCCGCAUGCCUCGCCGUGGACAACCCACCCCACACAUCCUUCUACCUAAACGAGAUCACGUCGCCGGUCUGAUCAAAUACCAUUGUUAUAGAUUCGCGCGUGUCAUUUCAUCUUAUAGUGCUCCCGCACUGACUGCUUUGUUAGACAUGUAAAAAUGACACCCCGUAUCGCGUGAUACGGGGUGUCAUUUUUGUAACAGACAAUAUUUAAGGAGGUUAUUUUAUAGCUGUUACGGAAGCCGAAUCACUAAAAAAGUGUUCCUUAAUUGUACCCAAGUUUUUCCUGAAUUUAAGGACACCGAACGCAUGGUACUGCAUUAAGAAUCAAAAACCGCCCGAAUUGACGCGUUAGUGUUUUUGAGACGGAAUGAAAGGGGUAAAGUCUAUGUAGAAUUUAACAAUUUGCAUUUGUUGUUUUAUUCUUCUUUUACAUAGCGAGCCCAUCAUGUCCAUAAAAUACUGCCUAUUAGAAUAAUUACACCCUGUAGGUAUGUGGUGAUCCAUGCGUGAAAAUACGGAUACUUUUAUGGUGGAAAGCCACAUUUAAUAUUGUUUGACAGGUACAGUCCGCUGUAGAGCAAUGUACAACCAUUGGUGUUUCUAUGCAAGGAACAUACCUACUUAUUUUUACACCUGAUAAUACGAAUUUUAUUAGACUGUUCCUGUCACACAAUAUUAUACAACAGCCAGUGUGGGCCGCAAAAACGCGUUAGUUAGUAUUCAAAUGUAUUACGCGUCGAUUGUAGACAAUAAAAUACCUUAUGUUUAGACAAUAUCACUCACUCCAAAAACGUUCACUCUGUCCUAGUUCUAUUAAUUAAUACUGCUGACAAUUCCCAAACAUCAUCUUACACAUACGUAAAGACCUAAUAACGCAUUUAGUACAAUUUAAGAAGUAGUACCUAAUGGUUUGUAAAUUCUUUUACAUGUAUAUUUGAUUCCCAGUUUUUCAUUUGACAGCUAAAUAAAAAGAAUAGUUAUAAUCAUUAUCAUACAGUUUUAGUCAAGUAAGGACUUACCUUGCUAGAGUUAAUUUCGUCACUUCGUCACGACUGUGUCUCGUUUACUUAAAAAUAAUGUUUGUGGGGUUUCAAACCUGCACUUUCUAUACUAAAACUAAGCGUCGAGCGAUAGUUACUUUACAAUGAGACUCUGGCAACACUUUCGUGAUAACCACAACAUAGUGUAUGCCACUUUCCAAUACCCUGUAACAGAUUGAGGCGUGCUUUAUUUUCGUUUACAACAUAAUAAAGCAAUGAUUAUAUGUAUAUCUGUUACUGUAGCUAAGUUGUAAUAGAGUGCUAAUAAGAAAAAAACCUUCAGCUAGACAGUCUUUAUUCGCAAUUUGCUUCACCUAUAUAUAUAUAUGUAGAAGUGUCAUGAUUCCUGAAUGAAAUUUGACAAUAUUUGUAUUCUAGUAAAACGAAAGUUUUGGUAACCCUAAUUUAAUUGUUUUAGCCCUCUAUUAUAACUGCCAGACUAUUAGAAAAUAAUCAAAUAUUUUAACAUCAAAUUAGUUAUUCUAAUUACAAGAAUGUAAUUUUAUUGAAGGUAUAAGUUCCCAGCCUGGGCUCGUAGAAGAGGAUAACUUGUAGUUAUACGACCAACCUCGCCAAUGGACCUUAUCCUGUUGUAUGUGGCAUUCCACGCCUAAGGGAUCCCUACCUUAUGCUCUAUAUGCAUUGGGACCUUUUAAUAGAAAACUUUUAUGAUUAUAUUUAUUGUAAGUAUCGCAUGUAACAUUAUUUCAACCCAAUUAUUACUGUCAUUUUGUUUUUAUCAUUUGUCACUGGAUAGAUGACUUUUUUUAUAUAUAAAGAUAAAUGAUAAAAACGCGGUGACUAAGCAAUAGUUGAAUAAAGCUAAGUUCAUUACAUCGACGAUACUAUAGCUCUUGCUAGAUGAAUUACUAUUUAUAUAAUUUAGUAAUAAAAGCAUAAUCAAGCGCGGGAUUUUAGGUCCAUUAGCUUUAUGGUGAUUGUAUUAGUGUUAGUUUAUGUAACUAUGAAGAAUCAUCACUGUGAUUUUUAUUUCUUUUCUCUUUUUAGAUAAUUGUGUUCGUACAAUUUUUAUUUUAAGCUCCUAGCUGACUUGGUAUUAACAUACAUAAAUAUUUAUUUUAUGUUUAGCACGAAAGCAUAACACUGUCAACACUUUUAUAUCGUCAAUUUAAAUUAUCUGUUUGACUAAGUCAUAAGAACAUGUAUUGGAUGUCUAAUCUCAAUUAAAUAGCCAAUUGAUACACACCUGUAAUACAAAUAUAAGAAAGUUUUUGUCUCAGAAA